ACAGAAACAUUGUGUUGGAUUUGGAAUCGGCGUGUUGCAGCAGUGUGGAGUGUGAAGGAUGAGGGUUUCAUUGGCAGGGUUUCGAAGCUCGUUGCCCUUUUCUGGUUUAAUUAGACAGGUUGAGGAAGAAAUGGAGACUGUGAUAAAGGUGCUGCAGCCUGGACCCUUGGGAAUCAUAGAGCACAAGUUUUCUGCUGAGGAAAUUCGUAAGGCUAAUGCUACGGUUUCUAAAGCUGUAGCCAAUUGGCGAACUAAUGCAACCUUUCAAGACAACGUAAAUCAUCAUGUUUUAAAGGACUAUAUUCACAAGUGAACUUUGGUAAACUUGUCAUUUAUUAUGUUUUUACUAUAAUAUGAUGAUAUGCACUAUGCUAUGGAAUAAUCAAUCUUGAUUUUUUACCAUCUGCUUUUGUUGGGUCUCACCUAUUUCUGAAUUUGUGUAUU